AAAGACCUACCCAAACCUCGUUUGUAACUCGAAAUGUCAACCUUAGCAGAAAAUUUCUAGUAAUCAUACAGUAAAAUUUUUUUCAUUACGUCAUUGUCUUUAAACUAAUCCCAAGCAUAUUUACAAAUAGAAUUCUAUAUUUCUUCCUGCAUAAUGAAGUGGUUCGAAGGAAGUAUUAACGACGCUGUUACUACGUCGAAAUCAAAGAAAGCAAUUUUCGUUGUCUUCGUGGAAGGAAAAGAUGAUACUUCGAUUAAAUUUGCUCAGGCAAUCAAUGUUAGAGAAGUUUCUACACAAUUGGAAAAAGAGGAUUUUGUUGCUAUUAAAUUAGAAAGUGGUUCGGAAACUUAUAGAUUUUUUGCACAGAUUUAUCAUCUAGUUCCAGUACCAUCUUUAUUCUUUAUUGGUGAAAAUGGUAUACCACUUGAAAUAGUUGCAGGUAACGUAACUGCAACUGAGCUUACAUCGAAAAUUGAAUCUGUUUUGACGAAAGCAGGAAAAGAAGUUAAAAAUAGUUCACAGAAUUUAAUAGAAUCUGAACAAAAAUCUGCAACUUGUACUAAUCCAUCGGAUGCUUCUACCAGUGAUGCCAUUACUGUAAAUAUAUCUGAUGUUAAAGCUUCAACUGACGUACCAACGGAGAUUCUUGGAAAUACAGAGAAUGAUGAUAAAUUGGUAGAAAAUGAAUCUACAAAUUUAAAAGAUACAGAUAUACCAACUACUAGUAAUGAUAAUAAAGUAGACAAUAAUGAUUCUACAGAAUUAUCAAUGCAGGAAAAGUUAGAUAGAGCUAAACAAUUGAUAGAGGUACAGAAAAAACAGCGACAAAAGGAUGAAGAAAGGGACGAGAAGGAAAGAGAAUUAAGACGACGUAAAAUUGGCCAAGAUAUGUCAAAGAUGAGACAAAAGCAACAAGAUUUAGAAGUAAAGCAAGCUCAUGAAGAAAUGAUGAAGGAGAAAGCUGCUAGAGAGAAAGUGAAGCUACAAAUUGCUCAAGAUAAGCUUGAACGAAAACAAAAGGAAUUAGCUUUGCAGCAACAAGUGCAACAACAACAACAACAACAGCAACAACAACAACAACAACAACAACAACAACCUGCAGAACAAUCGAAAGUUCGACCCACUUCGUUUGCCGAUACUACCAUAACAAGAAUUCAAUUUAGAUUGCCAUCUGGUAAUCCACAUAUGGCUGAAUUUUCACCAACAAAUACUUUACGUACUUUACGUACUUACGUGACCGAAAAUAUUAAUUUACCAUUUCGCCAAUUUGUUAUGUCAACAUCAUUUCCUAGAAGAGAUCUGACAAAUGAAGAUGAUAAUAAAACCCUCUUGGAAUUGGAAUUGGUUCCUAGAGCAGUGAUUUUAAUUCUACCAUUGAAAAAUAAUAAUAUUACAACAUCGGUAACAUCAACUCAAGAUGUUAGCUUUCUCUCACGCUUCGUGUGGUCCUUUUUUGCUCCAGUAAUUGGUAUAUAUAAUUAUUUAAUGGGAUAUUUUACUGGCACCUUACAUGGAAAUUCUGAUCAAAAUAACGAAGACACCGGUAAUACGUCCGGUGCUACAAAUAGCGGAGAUGGACCUACAUUUUCAAAUUUGCAAAAUAUAGCUCUAUCAACGGGAAGAAAUAUCAGCAAUCCGGGUGGUACCACGAUUAGAGCACAAGGUAAUAUACAUAGACUACAUUCUGCUGGAGAUGAUAAUGAUGAAAAUAAUACUUGGAAUGGUAAUUCAACACAACAAAUGUGAAUGAAUUUAAAAUAAAGUUACAAUGCGCAGAUAUAGCCUGCCUUGUUAAACAAUUUUCAACUUCAUUUUUAAUAAAUACCUAUGUUAUAAAGGUCGCGGUUAAGUACUACAUAUAUAUAUAUAUAUAUAUAUAUAUAUAUAUAUAUAUAUAUAUAUAUAUAUAUAUUUUCUUUUUUGCAAGAAAUAUAUUAUCACACAAAAGCGUCACAAAUUCGAAUCGAAAUAAAGUUUACAUAUGAAACGUGUUUAAUGCCUCAAUUAUAAUAUUAUAGUAUGCGCAAGUCACAUGUAUUAAAUAUAAACUUAUAUUAUCUCUCUCUCUCUUUCUCUCUGACUCUCUUCUCUCUCUCUCUUCUCUCUCUCUCUCUCUCUCUCUCUGUCUCUCUCUCUCUCUCUCUCUCUCUCUCUCUCUCUCUCUCUCUCUCUCUCUCUCUCUCUCUCUCUCUCUCUCUCUAAUGUUAUAUUAAACAAACAUUUCGGCCUAAUUAUAUAUGAAAGUAGAUGUUGAAUUUGAAAAAUAAUAUAAAGUAUGUAUGUAUGAAAGAUAUACGGACCAACUAGCGAAACAGAUUCGCAGGUGCCGUCGAGAUGAUUAGAACGAAUUAAUUAAAAAAAAAUAUAUAUAUAUAUAUAUAUAUUACAAUUGUAUAUAUAGUUCAAAUAUAUUCAAUUUCUAUAACUGGUGCUAACAAGUUUUAAUGAUUGGUAUUUUCUUCUUACUUUUUUUUUUUCUUCUUUUUUUUUUCUUGUUCAUUUUACUUAAUCGACAUGUUUCGUCGGCGCCUGUGAAAUUAUUAUACUUAGUAAUAUAAACCAUAAACACACAUAUAUAUAUAUACACAUACACAUACACACAUAUAGAUAUAUAUAUAUAUGUUAAAAAUUAAAAGAAAAAUUAAUCUGUAAAAAUAUUUGAAUAUACUUAUAUAAUUCUUCAAUUUUCAUUUUAUAAUAAUUAUAAUGAUAAAUUUAUUCUAGUACACAUAAAAAAAAAAAACAAAAGAAAACACAAAAAUUACGAUCUGUUCCAGGAAAGAGUAUAUUAUAAUAAUCCUUCUCAUUGAAUUAUUUUAGAUUAAUACACAUGUAUAAAUAUAUAUUAAAAUAUUUAAAGAAAAGAAAUGAUAAAUGAUCCAUUUUUAUCUGCAAUUUAUCACCGAAUAUAUCUGCGUAAUAUCUUAUUAUCUUUCUCUCUCUCUCUUUCUCUCUGUUUCUCACAAUCUAUUUAUCUCGCUAUAAUCUCUCUUUUUAAUUUUAUUUUAAUGUAUUACUUUUUCUCGUAAAUGUAUUAUCCAAUAAACGAAUUUUAUCUUA